UUUACGUGAAUACCUAGUAUGACUUCGAGCUGACCUUCUCUCUCUAUUCGACUGCAACAGCCUCACAGAGAAGAACGUCCUGAUUUAGAUCUGUAAUUACCUUUCCCCUUAUUGUUUUCCGUCCAGUGUUACAGCCCGAGUGACGGGAUCGCUAAUGCGUUGGCUCGACGUGCAGUGACUGGGUUCAUGACAAGUACGAAGACGACAGAGAUGGUGCGUUAUACGACUCUCAAUAUGGCAGAUAGCCAUGGGAAUUCAUCAAUGUUGGGUCAUUCUUAACACCUUACUCAGCACGCCCUUCUCGUGCCCCCCGACGUCCGCGUGGCGACCGCUACUCCCCCUCUCCCGAACAGUAUGUUUAUCCAAUGCGCUUCGGUGGACGAGUUUGACCUGUACAGACACAGCACUGCGUCUAGCGGAGCUAAGCUUCGCGUUGAGAACAUCCACUACGACAUUACAGAAACCGAUCUCGAGGACCUGUUCACCCGCAUCGGACCAAUCAGCAAUGUUUCUCUCGUUUACGACCGGGCAGGACGUUCCGAAGGAGUCGCCUUUGUGACCUACAGCCAUAUCAGCGAUGCCCGAACCGCGAUCAGGGAAUUCGACGGCGCAAACGCCAAAGGCCAGCCUAUCCGUCUGACACUCAUCUCUACCGGCGCCGGAAGACGCGACCGCAACCCAUUUGACAACGUGGAACGCUCGAAGGGAAGUCUAUUCGACCGUGUCGAGAGACCUCGUGACCGCGACGCACGGAGUCUCAGCCCCGGUAGUAGAAGCGGCAGUCCUGAUGGAGGUGCACGCCGUCGUCGUGGUCGUCGCGGUGGUGGUGGCGGCGGGUACCGGCGCAGUGAUGUCUCCAAACCUGCUCCCGAGCACAUUGACAGAUACAUUCCCGGUCAGCGGUCGCCGACUCGCAACCGCGGCGCUACGAACGGGCGCCGCCAGGGCGGUGGAGGUGAGAACAGGGGCGACAGCCGCCGCACGGUCAACGGACGGCCCAGAAAGACACAGGAAGAGCUCGACCAAGAAAUGGACGAUUACUGGGGUGGCUCCGGUAACGCUGGUGCUGGCGCAGCCGAUAAAGUUGUCCCUGACGAGCCUCAGCAAAUUGCGCCGGCUUCUGCGCCCGCUGCGGGUGAUGAUGAUAUUGACAUGAUUGAGUAAAAGACUCGCUUUCGAUUUUGAGUACUCCUGUCUGCCGAUUCACAUCCACUUGCGAGGGCUUGUGAUAGCUUUGCUUUCCUUCUCAUAACAUGUAACUAGUAUCACUCCCGGUUGGAAUACAAAAGACGUCUUGAAUAAAAACCAAAGGAUUCCG